AGCGAUCAUCACCUUGAUUGUUUCCUCACACUCUCAAACCCUUCACAUCAUCACACAUCAUGGCACCUACACCUUCAUGGGUCAAAGACCUCAAGCCUGCGGGCCCCCAAGGCACCGAGCUGUUGUCGCAAGAGCGAGCAAAGUCCAACGUCAAUGUCGAGGCACUGUCGACGUUCCUGUUCACACAAGAAGGACUCGACCGAAAGCAGAAGAUCCUCAAGAUCCUGCAGAACGAGAAGGUCUUUGACAAGUCGCAGAACUACUUUGCUGGACGCAUUGACAGAUUCGAGACGGCACUGGCCAGAGCAAAGAGACUCCGACAGCUGCAGGUCAAGCACGGCUGGACCGACCAGGACAAGACGGUCGCCAAUGACCUGAUCAGUGAGCCUGGUCCGUACGGCCUGCACGAGAGCAUGUUCUUGAUCACCCUUCGCGACCAAGGCACACCCGAGCAGCACGAGAAGUUCCUGAAGAAAGCACAAAACUACGAAUACAUUGGUUGUUACGCCCAGACCGAGCUCGGCCAUGGCUCAAACGUACGAGGACUCGAGACAACAGCAACAUGGAGUGCCGAGGACAAGACUUUCAUCAUCAACUCGCCCACCCUGACUGCCAGCAAGUGGUGGAUCGGCUCUCUCGGCCGCACUGCCAACCACGCCGUCGUCAUGGCUCAGCUGUACAUCAACAACAAGCCCUACGGCCCCCACCCCUUCGUCGUCCAGAUCCGUGAUCUCAAGACACACCAGCCGCUCGAGAACAUCCACAUUGGUGACAUUGGUCCCAAGUUCGGUUACAACACCAUGGACAACGGUUUCCUGCUGUUCAACGAGGUCAAGGUGCCUCACAUCAGCAUGUUGGCUCGCUUCUCCAGCGUCGACCCUAGCACCAGCAAGUACUUGCGUCCUGCCUCGCCUUCGCUCAUCUACGGUACCCUCACCUGGGUUCGUAGCACCAUCGUCUUGCAGUCUGGUAGUGUCCUCGCUCGUGGUGUUACCAUCGCCACUCGUUACGCUGCCGUCCGUCGUCAAUUCCAGGACCGUGAUGCUCAAGAUCCAAAGUCGGACGAGAACCAAGUUCUCAACUACACAACUGUUCAGAUCAGACUUCUGACUCUGCUCGCAACCUGCUACGCCCUGCACUUCACAGGUCGCGGUAUGAUGCAGCUUUACGAGGCCAACCAGAAGAAGAUGAGCCAGGAUGCUGGCAAGGCUAGCACCUCCAAGCGGGGUGCAGGCCCCGAGGAAGUCACUCCUGGCAGCGACCUGCUCGCCGACCUCCACGCCACUUCCUGCGGUCUCAAGUCACUCGCCUCAUCCACCGCCGUCGACGGCCUCGAGGUCUGCCGUCGCGCUUGCGGUGGUCACGGUUACAGCAACUUCUCAGGUAUCGGCCCCUGGUACGCCGACUACCUCCCCACCGCCACCUGGGAAGGCGACAACUACAUGUUGACCCAACAAGUAGCCCGCUACCUACUCAAGGCCGCCCGCAGCGUCCUCAAGGGCAACGAACCCACAAACGACACGACCGCCAUCCUCGCAAACUUCCUCGCCAAGUCCGAAACCGGCGCCGCCUUCAACAUCAUGGACAAGGACGAAGAUUUGGUUUCCGCUUUCGCAUGGAGAUCAGCCUUCCUAACUUUCGAAGCUCUCAAGCACAGAGAUGAGAACAAGAAGGCCUGGAAUGACUUGCUCGUUGACUUUUACCGUCUGUCUCGCGCACACUCGCAAUACAUGGUCGUCAAGAACUUCUACGAAGCCCUCAACUCGUCUUCUGUAAACUCCGAGCUGGACCCCGAAACCAGAGAACUCAUGCACAAGCUCUUCCGCCUCUACGCCCUGCACACCCUCGAAUCCGAGGCUUCCGAAUUCUACACUUCCGCCGCCGUCACAGUCCGUCAGAUCCAACUUGCUCGCACAAAUGCCGUUAUGAAAUUGUUGGCCGAGAUCCGCCCUCACGCCGUGAGAUUGGUUGACGCAUGGGCUUUCCCCGAUUGGCAGCUCGAUUCAUCACUCGGUCGCUACGACGGCAAAGUGUAUGAGGAUAUGUUCUACCGUGCCAGCGAGUUGAACCCUUUGAACGCAAUCACAGUGGACCCGUACCCGAACAGUGAGGUUCUGUUCAAGACCAACGACAGCGAUAAGUUCAAGAGCAAGCUUUGAGAAGAAAUAAAUAUCCAGAGGGUAUGUAACAAAAACAAAAGGGAUUUGGAUGGAGGUUUUAGAAAUGACGCUCUUUCUCCCUCUCCCUGCUCUUUUCAUGAUGAUUUUUCUUUUCCUCCCGACAAAUGUACUACCUUUUCAUCACGAUUAUAGCUCGCGCGACAAACCUGCAAAGAAUGAAAUGAAAUUUUGAACAAAAUACUUCUCCUCCCUUGUCAAAUCUUUCCUUUUCUCCAUCUC